AUAAGAAACGAGAAGAAGACUCAAGAAAUUUGAGGUUAAUUCUUGACAUUUAGUUAUCUAAAAGUUACAAAAUAGAUAUUAAUUCAAAGAAAUAGUAUUUUUCUUGAGUAGUCGACGAAUUGUACAUUUUAUCACAUCGGAUAAAUUGAAUUUCAAGGAUAAACAAAUAAAUUCUUCAAAAGAAUGUCAUCCAUAUUGGGUCCUGAAUGGCAUAUUUCUUCGGACGGAGUUUCUUUAGUGACUGACAACGGCAACAUCAAAGAUAAAGACAAGAUCUACAAGUCUGCAUUGAAUUUUGAUCUCAAAGAAAUAUGCAGUCCCAUGUUAACAAAUGAACUAUCCAAAGACAAAACUUCCAAGAUUAUUCUCCAGAUUCAGAAGAUUAGGAAUAUUUCAGCUCCGAAAGCUAACGAAGAAUCUCAAGCAGCUCCCCGAAUGUUAAAGCUAACCUUAACAGAUGGUGAUACAUAUGUUCAGGCAUUAGAAAUUGGUCUUAUCAAUGCCAUCAGCCGCAAUAAGACACCUCCCGGAACUAAAGUUCUUAUUAGCAGUGCUAAAAUUACUUCCGGGUGUCUUUUGUUGAACCCCAGCAACUGUACUAUAUUAGGUGGUAGAGUUCCCCAUCUUGUUGAAAAAUGGGAGAUUGCGAAAAGUGUUCAAAGGAAUCAUAGAUCGAACUCAGGUGAUGACGGCCCUCCUCCAUGGGUGAACUUUGGAACCAAAAUCCAAAACAAUAACCAAGAGUCUAAUUUUAAAUCCUUAGGCAAAAAUAAAGAUUCAGUUAAAGAAAACUCUGAAUUUGAACUUCAGAGGCAAGGUGCGAUUGCAGAAGCUACCUCAGGAGCUACUAAGAAGGUGUUCAGUGGUAGAGUAAAACAAAACAUACAACCAGCGAAGAGUACGGACAAUUUCAAGGAUAAAAGAGAACACAGGAGUAAAGCAAAGUUUACACAAAAAGAAGAGAUUUCAGAAAAGCCACAAAGACCUUCCGAAAAAGUAUCAUUGUUUUCUUUUCUCGAAGAUAAGUUGCCAGUUACUGAGACUCAAUCUUCUGCCAAAACCAACACACAACCCGAGAGCAACAAAUUAUGUAAUUUACAAAAAGGAUAUCAAAAUCAGGCUCAACAACAGAACAAGGAAUUCAAUUUCCCUCGUGAAAAACCAUUGAACCAGAAUAAUCGUAACCAAUUUGAAAACCCUUACAAUAAUAGAAACAAUACGUUGCAUAGAGAGAAAUCAAAAUCGAGUGAAAAUCGUGUAUAUCCCACAUCACAAGCUAAAUCAGAUAAUAAUCAGAUUUCUCAAAAUGUGUACAAUGAUUUCAACAUUCCGGAAAGGUUACAGAGAAAACAAACUGAUAAAUCCAACAGCUAUGGCAUUCAAAAUAGCUUUGAAAACAGAAAUAAUAAUUCGUUUGACAGGGCUCAACCGAAAUCUUCCUAUCAGUCACAAUACUCACAGAAAAAACCAACCAAUGACUUUCACCAGAACUCGAACCAAACAAAUGCUGUCAGUCAUUUUGAAGCUUCUGAUAGGUUGGCUCAGAAGCCCAGAGAUAAUAAAGAUUUCAACCACAAUCAAAACAAUGGUUAUAAUCAAGACUCGACAAAUAGAUCGCAGCAUAAACAAAAUGAUAACCGCUAUUCAUCAACAUCUCGCAAUAAUAACAUAAAUAGAUAUGAAACUUCUGACCAUAAACCAAGUGAAAAAAAAACUUCGAAUGCAAAUAAUAAAAAAUACAGUAAAUAUCCAACCAAUAACAGUUCUAACACAAAUUAUCUAAACUCUCUAGAUAAACCCCAACAAAAAAUUGAUGAUAGCAAUACCUCAGAAACUAUCAGUAUUUCACAAAAUGAAAUCAAUGAUGUAGCUAAUAGUAUAGAGAAGAUAUCUGUGAACAGUCAGUUUGCCAGUCGUAGUUUGAGGCAAUAUUUGAACCUGGGCCAGGUGAAAAAAAGUGAAAUCUCAGGGAGCAAAGAAUUGGUUGAUUCAAAAUGGAAAAUUGGUGAUGACUGCUUAGCUAAAUAUUGGGAAGAUGGACAGUUUUAUGAUGCCUCAAUUACAGCCAUCACUGAUAAAACCUUCGCAGUCAAGUUCAAAGGUUAUGGAAAUAUUGAAGAAAUUUUAAAGAGUGAUUGUCUGCCAGUAGCGCAUAGCAGUAAACAAGAUUAUAGCCAUCAAAAUAGGCGUUAUGAUCAGAAUACUAGGCAGCAUUCGGGCUCUAUGGAAUUCAGAAGAAGCUCACGAAAUUAUAAAUAAGGACUCAAGAUAGAAAAUUGCCAAGCAUAAACAUAAUGUCAAUCUUUGAUUAAAAUUCAUUUCAUACUAAUUAUUUAUUUACAUUUUCUUAGAAGGUGUGAAAUUAAUUUUUAAUAAACUGAUACAUUAUUCCUAA